AUGUUAACAUUCAACUCAAGGCUGCAGUUCUCUUCAUCUCUAAGUCGUGUAAACCCUACGAGGAACAGCAACAUGUCGGAUCAAUCCACUUUUGACACAGAUGUGUGGACUCUCACACGCUUCGUCAUGGAGUCGGGGAGACAAGCUAAGGGUGCGACUGGAGAACUUACCCAGCUUAUCAACUCCAUACUGACAGCUAUCAAAGCUAUCUCAUCUGCUGUGAGGAAAGCCGGACUCGCUCACCUUCAAGGCAUCGCUGGGCACAUUAAUGUCACCGGUGAUGAGGUGAAAAAGCUGGAUGUGUUGUCCAAUGAUCUGGUCAUCAACAUGCUGCAGGCCUCUUACAGCACGUGUGUCCUCGUUUCUGAGGAGAACAAAGAAGCCAUUAUCACUCCCCCUGAGAAACGGGGUAAAUAUGUGGUGUGUUUUGAUCCACUGGAUGGCUCCUCCAACAUCGACUGCUUGGCACCUAUAGGCACCAUCUUUGCCAUCUACAAAAAGGUUUCAGAAGGUGAGCCCACAGAGAAGGAUGCUUUCCAGCCAGGCAAUCAAAUAGUGUGUGCCGGUUACGCACUGUACGGCAGUGCCACUGUUGUGGCUCUCAGUACUGGAGAUGGACUCAACGUCUUCAUGUUAGAUCCAGCCAUAGGUGAAUUCAUCCUGACAGAAAGAAAUGUGAAGAUCAAGAAGAAGGGGAAGACCUACAGCAUAAAUGAAGGCUAUGCCAAGUACUUUGAUCCUGCACUGACUGAGUAUAUAAAGCACAAGAAAUUUCCUGAGGAUGGCAGUGCUCCAUAUGGUGCCAGAUACGUGGGCUCCAUGGUUUCAGAUGUGCAUCGUACCAUUGCUUAUGGUGGCAUCUUCUUGUACCCUGCCAAUGAGAAAAGCCCCAAAGGAAAGCUGCGGCUGCUGUACGAGUGUAACCCCAUCGCUUUCCUAGUGGAGCAGGCAGGAGGAAUAGCCACCACAGGCACCCAGCGAGUCCUGGAUGUCAAGCCUGAAGCUGUGCAUCAGAGGGUUCCUUUCGUAGUGGGGUCUCCGGAUGAUGUGGAGGAAUACCUAUCAUUUGUCAAAAAAUAUCAGAAAUAGAGUCUUUCCUGUACAUAUCUGAUCUGUUCACUGCAGUUUAGUUGACUCUGUCAUUACUUAGGCAUGUACCAAAGGGUGAACAUGUGAAACUCGUCAGACAGGAAACUGACAUGCCUUUAUUUGCAACCUAAAAAGCCCUCGAGUGCUUGCUAGUAUUAGUGAUUUAUUUCAUUGUUAUCCACAUUCAUGUUCCUAUUAAAUUCAACAUAAUUCCUUUCCACUUCCUUAGGCAUUGUUCCCCUCCAUGCCUGAUUUCUGUAGAAUGUUGUGGUUAGUGAGGCUUGGUUUGUGUGUCAUGAGGUUGUUUGUUAACACUACUCUUCCUGGAUCCUCCACUGUUUUGCCCAGAUUCACAAAUCCCAAUCAUUGUUCUGGCUCUGUGUAAAGGAAGCAGUCUACACUAAUGUAGCAUGUCAUGUGCUGUAUAUUAUAAAUAAUAAACUGAUUGUAUGCAGUA